AUGGCGACAACUUCCACACCCCAACCGGCCACAGAUGCCGCCUCUUACCUCGACCUAGCCAUCACCCUUACAAUCAACAGUUGGCCGGCCCUUUCACUAGCCGUGCAGUCAAACUGGGGCGGCCCCAACUCAGGUGAGAAGCGGGACUGGCUUUGCGGCGCAAUCUCAGAAAUGCUCACUGAUCGGCCCGAGACCGAUGCCGAGGAUCUGGAGGAAGUACUAGUUCAAGUUAUGAACGACGAGUUUGACGUGGCGGUGGACGAUGAGAGCGCCGCGGACGUUGCGGACAUGAUCAUGGAGCUGAAGACGCAGACGGAUCGCGGCGAGUUCGGCACUGUUCAGCAGAUGUUGGAGAAUUUCCAGAAGAAGAGCCAGAAUCGUUCUGCUGCGGGUCAGUUCCAGAAGGUUGAGGCUGCGGAUCAGGAGACAGAUGAUGAGAGUGAGGACGAUGUUGAGAUGGGUGAUGCACCUAAUUUGGUCCGGGCUCCAAGGGAGCGGGCUGAGCCCGAGAUUGAUGAUGAUGGAUUUACGAAGGUUGUUGGAAAGAAGAGGUAG